AGCCGCCGGCUGCAGCUCGGGCAGCGGAGCGGGGCCGGGGCGCUGCUGGGGCAGAGGACGGGGCGGGAGGCGCGAUGGCCGCGGACGGGAUGGAGGCGCGGGCGCUGCAUUAUGAGCAGACCCUGAUGUAUGGCCGCUACACUCAGGACCUGGGAGCCUUUGCCAAGGACGAGGCGGCGCGCAUCCGGCAGCAGCAGAAGCACCGGAAAGCCUUCCCACAGGAGCGCGCCCUCGGGCCGGAGCUGCUGGAGUACGACCAGAGCCGCUGCGCCCGCUGCCGCAUCUGCACCGUGCGAUGCCAGAAGUUCCUCAUCUCCAAGGUGGGCGAGGACUGGAUCUUCCUCAUCCUGCUGGGGCUGGUCAUGGCGCUGGUGAGCUGGGCCAUGGACUUCGCCAUAGCCACCUGCCUGCAAGCCCAGAAGUGGAUGUACGGGGGCCUGGACACCAACAUCUUCCUGCAGUACAUGGCCUGGGUCACCUACCCCGUGGUGCUCAUCACCUUCUCGGCCGGCUUCACCCAGAUCCUGGCCCCGCAGGCCGUGGGCUCUGGCAUCCCCGAGAUGAAGACAAUUCUCCGGGGUGUGGUGCUGAAGGAGUAUCUCACCCUCAAAACCUUCGUGGCCAAGGUCAUCGGCCUGACCUGUGCUCUGGGCAGCGGGAUGCCCCUGGGCAAGGAGGGGCCCUUUGUCCACAUUGCCAGCAUGUGCGCCACCCUGCUCAGCAAAUUCCUCUCCCUCUUUGGAGGCAUCUACAAGAAUGAGUCUCGCAAUAUCGAGAUGCUGGCGGCUGCCUGUGCCGUGGGCGUCGGCUGCUGCUUUGCUGCCCCCAUCGGAGGCGUCCUCUUCAGCAUCGAGGUCACGUCCACCUUCUUCGCCGUCCGCAAUUAUUGGCGGGGGUUCUUCGCCGCCACCUUCAGUGCCUUCAUCUUCCGCGUGCUCGCCGUGUGGAACAAGGACGAAGAGACCAUCACGGCUCUGUUCAAAACCCGCUUCCGGCUGGACUUCCCCUUCGACCUGCAGGAGCUGCCCGCCUUUGCUGUCAUCGGGAUUGCCAGUGGCUUCGGAGGGGCACUCUUUGUCUACUUCAACCGCAAGAUCGUCCAGUUCAUGCGCAAGCAGAAGACCAUCAACCGCUUCCUGAUGAAGAAGCGCCUGCUUUUCCCCGCGCUGGUCACUCUGCUCAUCUCCACGCUCACCUUCCCGCCUGGCUUCGGACAGUUCAUGGCCGGCCAGCUCAGCCAGAAGGACACCCUGGUGACCCUGUUUGACAACCGCACCUGGGCCAAGCAGGGCCUGGCCGAGGAGUUCGAGUACAUUGGCAUCUCUGAGGCCUGGAAGCACUCGCACGCCAACGUCUUCGUCACCCUGCUGGUUUUCAUCCUCAUGAAGUUCUGGAUGUCAGCCCUGGCCACCACCAUCCCAGUGCCCUGCGGCACCUUCAUGCCCGUCUUUGUCAUUGGUGCGGCCUUCGGCCGGCUGGUAGGAGAGAGCAUGGCAGCCUGGUUCCCGGAUGGCAUCCACACCGACAGCAACACCUACCGCAUCGUGCCGGGGGGCUACGCCGUGGUAGGAGCAGCUGCGCUCUCUGGCGCCGUGACCCACACGGUCUCCACCGCCGUGAUCGUCUUCGAGCUGACGGGCCAGAUCUCCCACAUCCUGCCCGUGAUGAUCGCCGUCAUCCUGGCCAACGCCGUGGCUCAGAGCCUGCAGCCCUCACUCUACGACAGCAUCAUCCGCAUCAAGAAGCUGCCGUACCUGCCUGAGCUGGGCUGGGGGCACCAGGAGAAGUACAACCUGCGGGUGGAGGACAUCAUGGUGCGGGACGUGCGUUACAUCACCCUGAACUGCAAGUACCGCAACCUGCAGGAGGUGCUGUACAACACCAAGCUGAAGAGCCUGGCUCUGGUGGAGUCGGCUGAGUCCAUGAUCCUGCUGGGCUCCAUCGAGCGGGCCCAGGUGGCAGCUCUGCUGAGCGGCCAGCUGGGCUACCAGCGCCGCCUGCAGUACGUGCAGGAGAGGGCGCAGGCCGGGAGGAGCAGCGUCGCCGAGAAGCCCCAGGACAAGGCCGGCCACGGGGCCUCCCACCCGGGAGUGCAGUUCCAGAUCAGCACGGAGGAAUCCUCAUCGGCCCCGCCACACGGAGAGUCCCGCAAGCCCCUGAAGCCGGCACUCAAGCGAAGUCCCAGCACCUUGGAGAGCCCCACAGCCAAGAGCCCAGAUCACUCGGGCAUUGCCCUCAAGAGCCUCUUCUGCACCAGCACUGCCACGGAGCCCGCUGAGGUGAGUGCCCCUCCAUCCCCCCCAGAUGGUGUUCCCCACCACCAUGGCACCUUGGCCCCUGCUCUGUGCCCAGCCCCCACCCGAGGCCCUGGGGCGAUGGCACCCGGCCAGGCCGCUGUGGUUUCCCAUAAUGCCUCUGUCUUCUCUCCUGUUUUUCUCGUGGCUAAAAAGUCUGAGAAUUCAGCACCACCCGAAAAGCGCAAGUUGAAGCGCGUCCGCAUUUCCAUCGCGGACCAGUAUGAGCUGCCUGGCGAGAUGAGCCCCUCCGAGAUCAUGGAGUGGGAGAAGCAGCAGCUGGACGAGCCCGUGAACUUCAACAACAGCAAGAUCGACCCUGCUCCCUUCCAGCUGGUGGAGAGCACCUCCCUGCACAAGACUCACACCAUCUUCUCGCUCCUGGGCGUGGACCACGCGUAUGUGACCAGCAUUGGGCGCCUCGUUGGCAUGGUGUCCCUCAAAGAGCUGCGCAAGGCCAUCGAGGGCUCAGUCACUGCCAAGGGCGUGAAGGUCCGGCCGCCCCUGGCCAGCUUCCGGGACAGCACUGCCAGCAGCAGCGAGAUGGAGACUGCGGACAUCCACCAGCUGUGGGACCGGUGCCGGCACCUCUCCAUCCCCCGCGAGUCCAGCCCCUCCGAGACGGACGACAAGUGCCCGUGAGGGGUGGAGCCGGUGGGUAGAGCCCGCCCCGGCUGCCGAUGGACACGGCAGACACCGCCAGCCCCCGCGGCCGUGGCACCGGUGCCACUGCACCUUUGUGCCUGCAGCCCUGGCACCCUGCGCUGCCAGACUCGCCGCCUGCCAGCGGAGGAGCCAGAGCCCCAGCAAGCCACUGCCAUCAGCCCUGCCCCAGGAGCUGCCCCGGCAGCCCCUGUGUGGUGAAGAGGAAGGGUGAACCAAGUCCAGCCCCUGGGCCCCGGCAGCCCCUGUGUGGUGAAGAGGAAGGGUGAACCAAGUCCAGCCCCUGGGCCCCGGCAGCCCCUGUGUGGUGAAGAGGAAGGGUGAACCAAGUCCAGCCCCUGGGCCCCGGCAGCCCCUGUGUGGUGAAGAGGAAGGGUGAACCGAGUCCAGCCCCUGGGCCCCGGCAGCCCCUGUGUGGUGAAGAGGAAGGGUGAACCAAGUCCAGCCCCUGGGCUCCGCAUGCGAGGUUCUCUGGGCAGCUGGCGCAGGGCUCCUGGGGGCAGAAUGCCAUAUCCAGCACCACCCCCCGCUGCCAGGGGCCCCUUGGUCCCCAAACAGCACUGAGUGCUAAUCCCCCCGCCCCCGACUCUGCAACUGUCUCACCCCUGGGCCCUCCAGCCCCAGCUCAGCCAGUGCCCCUGAAUCCCGACCCACAGCUGCUCCCCUCCCCUGGUUACACAUGCCAUGGGCUCUGCCCCCCACCCAGCUCUGCCAGUGCCCCUGAAUCCCAACCCACAGCCCUCCCCCUUGGCUCGACCUGCCGGUGCUCCUCAGUCCUGAGCCUCAGGCCCCCCCCUCACUAGUCAAUCUCCCGUCGAGUCUGUCAACCAUGCUACCUCUGGGGGUGGUUUGUGGAACGGGGCGAGGGCGCAGUGGGGAGAGGGCAGCUGGGCUUAGCCGAGGCCAGAGGUGAGUUUGGCUUGGAGCCCAGGGUGAACAGCGCAAGCAUUUCCGCCCCCCCCCGGCCAGUCUCACUGAGCCCCCCCACCCCAGCAUGGCUGCUCUUGCCUGGCCCUGGGCAGGGUCCCAGGGGCUCGGAGCCAGGGGGGGCAGCGACCGGGUCUCUCUGGGCCCUGCGCGGGCCAGGAUGUAAAUACAGAGAUUUUUAUAUUAAUUUAAUAAAAGGACUUUAUAAAUAGAGCAAUAAAGUGACUCAACGAGCGGCUGCUGCAUGCCAGGCACCUCUGAUGCACCUGGGCUGGGGGGUGGGGCACAUUGCUACAGCCUGG